AAAGAAUAAUAGUGUAAAGCCAACGCGCAUUGAGGUGUUUAAAAAAACCCACAUGAGAGCAAAUAAACAACCAGUAAAUGAUAUAGCUGGUGAAGUUAUGAAACAAAUGGAUGAUCUUGCUGAGGUGUAUCCUGAUUUGAAUGUCCCUGGAUGUGCUCCUAAUGAUGUGUACUCACAAGUAAUGGGAUCAGGCUCUCAUGGAAUUGUCUGAACUUUAGGAAAAGGAACAUCUCCUAGCUUAGUUUAUGGCCCCGUAUAUAAAUGAUCUCAGGCAGAAAAAAGAGAUUUUGAUACAAGGGUUGCGAUGGAAGUUCAAAAAGCUACCUUAGCUAUGAAAAUUGAGAUGACCGAAAAGAUAUGUGAAGCAAAAAUAGAGAUGGAAGAGAUGGAUAAGAAGUUUUUAGAAGCGAAAGAGGAAGCAAAAGAGGAUAAGAAAGCGAUGGAGAGAAAAUUAUCGGAAGCAAAAAGGGAUAUGGAAGAAAUUAUAGCUGAUAAAGUGAAGAAAGGAAUACAAGCAUAUAUAGAGUCUUUGGGUAUUAAUCUUGAUGCAAAUUUAAAAUCAAAGCAGGUUCCUGAUAACUCACUUGAAGAUUGUCAACAAUCAUUAUCACAUGUUCCAGUUGUUCAAACAAAAAAGGUUCCUGAUAACUCAUUCGAUGAUUGUCAACAAUCAUUAUCACCUAUUCCAGUUGUUCACACAAAAAAGGCUAACAUGAUCAAGAAGAUUCAAACUAGCAUAGUUGGAAAAAAUAAAAAUAAGUGGGUAAGUUUGAAAAAAACUACAAAUCAUCAAACCUCUUUCCUUUUGGGAAUAGCUGACCAACUCUCGCCCGGAGAAUUAAUGCAGCAACCAUAUGCAGUAGCAGCUCAACUUCUCAAUGGCAUGAUAACCAUAAACAGGGUGUGGUAUACCCGCGAAGACCAGGUCUCACCGGUCACAUUUCAGCUAUCCAAGGAUCAG